GGCCGUUGACUGCGACCGAGAGGGGGUGGCCGGGAGCGAGCGAUAGGAGGAGGAGUGACUCGGAAGCAAGCGGAGGCGGCUAGAGACGACGACAGGGAGGGCAGCGGAUGGGAGCGGGAGCGUAGCCAUCUCGCGCACGCCUUUCCCCGAGCGAGCUGCUCCUCGUUUUCCUUCUCUCCUGAGCACCGCACCACACCCUUUUCGCCGAAUCCAAGGGCGGCGGCAUGAAGCGGCAGAGGUCGUACGGCGACGGCCUCGACGAAAACCGGCGGAGAUUCUACGACCGCGGGCCCCCGCCGCCCCCACCGCCGCGGCGGCAUCGGCGGGAAUACGAGGGCGACAGGUUCGACCGCCGGAAGGGGUUCGGCGGCGGCGGUGGCGGCGGCGGCGGCGGUGGGUCCUACGACAACCGGUACAGGGAGUACCCCUCGCCGCGGGAGUACGGAGGGGACCAAGCGAUGCACCGGUCGGAGAGCUUCUCCGGGUUUCGUCGGGAGUUCCCCAAGGGGUUCCGGUCGGAGCGCGACCGGCCGCGGCGGGAUGAUGACGGCAGCUCAGCAUGGCGGCGGCUGGGAGGCGGGUGGAGGGACGCAGAGGGUUUGGAUGAGUACAGGGCACCGACCAGGCUGUCAGCGGCAUCGCUGCCUGCACCGCUGCGGCGGUCGCGGUCGCCCAGUGAGCCGAGAAGGAGGUUAGAGGUUGCGAAGGCAGAAAGGUUGAGGAAGCAGAGCGCAGGCAUCAGUGAAAUUGAGGAAGGGGAGGUCUCACCAGAUGCCGAGCCCAAGGCCCGGCCUGCUGCUGUGGAGCAUCGGAAGCAGGUUGAGCCAAGCCGUGCCAAGGAGAAGCGACCGGAGCGAGGCAAGGUGAAGAAAGUCGAUUCUGGGGCCCCAGCGGAUUUGGGAACUCACGGUAAGGGGGUGACUGGUGCAUCUGACCCUCACAAUGCAGGGAAGGAGAAAGGCAAGAGAAGCGAUGGUAUGGUGGCAGAAGCAGGGGAAGCAAUGGAUAAAGGGCGUGGGAAGUUUGCGUUGAAGGUUGCUGAGGAAGUCGGGGAAGGACAAGAGGUGCAAGCACAAGAUGUGGCUGCCAGUGAUCCUAGUAAGUUUGGGCUAAGCACUAAACCCAUGCAGCAUGAAGUGAAGCCACAAGAAGAGACUACCAACUCUGUUGAUGUGGUCGGGCAGAGCACUUCCUCUAGUCUCCUGGAGGAGGCUAUUCAGGAAGAAGCAACAACACGAGAUGGAACUACCGGUGAUAUUGAUGAAGUCGGAAAGAGUGCUUCAUCCAGUUUAAGACAAGGAGUGCAGGAAGAAGUGAUGGUGUUACACAAGACUGGCAGUGCUGCUGAUGAGAUUGGGAAGAGCACUUCACCCAUCAUGCAGCAAGAAGUGCUGCAGGAGGGAGUGUUGGCGUCAGACGGAACUGCCUAUGCUGUUGAUGAGGUUGGGAAGAGCUGUUUGUCUGGUAUGCUGCAGGAAAUUAUUCAGGAAGAAGUGAUGCAGCGCAAUGGAACUGCUAAUGCUGUUGAUAGGGUUGAAAUUGGCACUUCUUCUAGUCUGCUCUGGGAGGCAAUGCAUGAAAAAAUGACAAUACUAGAUGAAAUUACCAAUACUGUUGAUGCUCCGCAACAGGUCAGUUGUUCUGGGAUGCUCAAGGAAGCGAUGCAUGAAGGAGAGCUGAUGCUAGAUGGAACUGCCAAUACCACUGGUGUGGUGCGACAAAGUACUACAUCCGAUAUGGCGGAGGAAGUAUUGCACGGGAAAGCUGCUGCGCAAGAAGGAACCAUCAAUGCUGUUGACGUUGAGAGCAAUGUGUCCACUGGGCUGCAGGGUGAGGUGAUGGCUUGUCUAUACCAACAGGCUCCUGAAAAUAAGGAAUUUAAAAAAUUAACUGUGAUUGAAGAGAAGAUGGAUGAACCGACAGAAUUUGUUACAUCUCAACCUGUAGAAGAGGGACUCGAGAUGGAUCGUUCUGUAAAAAGAGUUGCAUCAGAGGAAACCGCAUUCUCAGAAGAAGAGGCAGCUAUGCAUGAAAAUGUCGAGAAACAAGCAAAAAGAUAUGAUAUGGAGGCCAAGGCAGAAGGUGCCAAUGUGUUCCUUCAACCAACAAAAGAACAUGCUGGGGUUAGUAAGGAAGAAGUUGCCAAUGCAAAUCUGAUGACAAGGGAGCCAAGGGCUGAAGAUGAAGGAAAUGGCAUAGCAUUGGAUGUUCUUAAUAAGAAAGAAAAAGUUGAUUGUCCAAAUUCAGUGGGAAGAGGUCUUGACUCAACAUUGCAGCUUGGCAUAGAAGCAACAGAAACAUCAAAAUCUGCUUCAACUACUUCUGUAAAGCAGGAAAAUGACGCAAUCAAUAUAGGGAAACUUGAUCUUUCACUGAGCUUGUCAGGUUGUUUACAGAAUUCUGAAUUGAAGUGUUCAGUUCCCAAAACUGGUUCACUAGCCCAUGCCACAUGCUCCCAGCCAUUUCCGUCAUCAUCUUUUCGCACAAAUUCAGAUGGGUUCACAGCUUCCAUAUCAUUGACCAAUUCUCAAACACUUGGUCACAAUGCUAGUUGCUCACUCACCCAACAGUCAUUAGACAAUCAUGAUCAUUCAGUAGGCAGCAAGCCUUUGUUUAUGGGAGUUGAUCAGAUGAGCAAUUGCGCAGGAUGGCAAGCUCAGUUGUCUAGUGAAUCUAUACAGAAGGGCGGAGCUACCCCACUCCGCCAGAGAGUACUCCAAAAUGGCCAGAUCCCAGAUAACACUUUGGUUGGUAUAAAUGGGCAUAACAAUGCGACGUCCAGUGACCUUCGAAGGCAUGCAAGCAUCCCAGGAGUUUUGUCGCCAACACAUAGUCGUGAUUCUCACGAUUCUGGAUUGGAACAUAGUAGACUUAGAAGGAAGCUUACAAGAGAGGGAAGUAGCAGCAGUCUUACAAGGGGCGAACGGAAGGAGGGGGAACAGCUUGUCAUUAAUGGUGCUAGUGUCAUUGAGCGAAUUAUUUCCAAGGUUGUUUCAGAACCUUUGCAUCAUACAGGAAGGAUGCUUCAAGAGAUGACAGACAAUUCGAUAACAUAUUUGAGGGAGGCCAUUUCUGAGAUCGUAGUCGAUCCAGAUAAAAGAGGACAAAUAAUUGCAUUGCAGGAGUCACUUAAAAAAAGAUCCGACUUGAAUCGUGAUAUGUUGCGAAUGUGUCCGCGGGUGUUGAUGGAGAUACUUGUUGCUAUAAGGACUGGUCUUCCAUAUUUUGUAAAGAAAAGUAGUAGCGUUACUACACCUGAUUUGGUUGACAUUUUUCUCAACCUGAAAUGUCGCAAUCUUUCAUGUCAAAGCGUUCUGCCAGUGGAUGAUUGUGAUUGUAAAAUUUGUCAACGGAAGGCUGGUUUCUGUAGUUCUUGCAUGUGCAUUGUCUGCUCAAAGUUUGAUUCAGCAUCUAAUACGUGCAGUUGGGUUGGUUGUGAUGUAUGUCUUCAUUGGUGCCAUACAGAUUGUGGCCUACGUCACUCUCUUAUUCAGAAGGGGCAAAGUGCUUCAAGGGCACACAACACUACUGAGAUGCAGUUUCAUUGUGCUGCCUGCGGACAUCCAUCAGAGAUGUUUGGUUUUGUGAAGGAAGUCUUUCGAACAUGUGUGAAGCAAUGGAGGAUGGAAACACUGAUAAGAGAGCUAGGGUACGUGGAAAGAAUAUUUUCUGCUAGUGAUGAUACAAGGGGUAAGAGGGUCAAGGACUUCGUAAAGAAGAUGCUAAUUAUGUUGGAAAACAAUGCUUAUCAUCCUGAAGUUGCCAAAUGCGUUAUUGCAUUCUUUUCCGAUGAUGAUGCUAACUUGGGCAUUGGUCCAUCAGUUCCACUGAAAGGCAUCCCAUGCAGCAUUGCUGAAGGAAUAGAUGGAAUUCCUAAUUCCAGUCGGAAGGCAGCAUGGAUACCAUUUACCUUAGAGGGACUUCCAGUUUUAGAAAAAGCAACUACACUUUCUACCACAGGGAGCCCAUCUAUGCAUAGAAAAUCUGGUGAAGCUGAAUUUCAGGCAAUCGAUAAUAAGCCUGUCAUUGAUGAACUGGAUAGCCUGGUCAGGUUAAAGCAGGCUGAAGCAAAUAUGUACCAGGAACGUGCCAAUGAUGCACGUAAUGAAGCUGACAAUCUGGAACGUAUUGUCAUGGUAAAAAGUGCACGGAUUGAGGAAGAUUAUGCCGCUCAAAUUGAUAGACUCAACAUAAAUGAGUUACAAGAGCGGCGCAAGCAAAAUAUUGAAGAACUCCAAGUCAUGGAAAGGACACACCAUCAGUUUCUCAGCAUGAAAACAAGGAUGAAAGCUUGCAUUAGGGAGUUAUUGUUGAAAAUGGAGGCAUUGAAACAAAAUUGAAGCACAUGAACUGAGGUUACAACUUUUGGUUAGUUGUAGGAUUCAGAAUUUGCUCAACUUAUUGAAGAAAGCCUACACAUGUUGUAACUUGGCUUUUAUGAGCAAUGUGGUUUGCAUAUCCGGUCGGCGCCGGUCUUGCAUCUUCCUUGAAGGAUAUACGAUAAACUUGCUCUUCAAAUACGAAUAAUGUUUCAUUUCAAGAAGGUGCAAACAUCGCCGUAAUGAGAAGGGCGACAAUCUCGUCAAUUCAGUUUUGGAUUAAGUAUGGCUUGUUGCAAGGGAAAACACGAAUUGAAGCAAGGAAUAGUCCCUGAUGGUUCUCAGUGCAAUUUUUUAUUCUGUUAAAAACAUUUAGUUGUAGCAUACGUAGGUCGUGAAUAUAUAUAUAUAUAUAUAUAUAUAUAU